AUGCUGGAUACGCGAGCACUGAUAACACAUCGGCAAUACGUGUGCUUCUGCAACUACACCGUCUUUUCGUCCCUGCUUAUCGCCCUCACUAUCGUGGCCAUGGGCGUCCUCAGUUACCUGAUCGUGCCUAAGCGACCCAAGCCAAUCUACCUCGUCGUGAACUUCACCGACGAAGAGUUUGAGAACUCGUCGGCGUCUUCUUCGGCGUCGAAGAGAGCAGCAUUCGUCGACGUGGGGGAUGCGGAUCGCGACCUCUGUUCGUCGCUGCAGUGUGACCGCGAGGCCGAACGCAUCUUAGACAGUGUCAACGCCUCCGUGGACCCGUGCAACGACUUUUACGCUUACGUCUGCAUGGCCUGGAUGCGAAAGCACGAACCAGGCAGCAGCCAGGACAGAACGUCCAUGGACUACGAUAUUCUAGACGCUUACUCGCGUUUUCUGAUCAGCGUUCUCGGCUGGAAGAACAGCGAAUUGCCGGCUGCCAAGUUAUUGUUCGACACUUGUCUCGCGCCGCCUGUAGGCCUCUUCGUUGAUCUCACCACCAUGCUGUUCUACGCGGUUGGAUUGCAGCGUUGGCCCUACUUGACCUCGGACCACAUACUAUCAAACGACGUCUCCGUCAGCGUUGGCAGCCUGCACAGGGUGCUCGGUGAGGACAGCCUCUUCCAUCUGGCCAUCGAUGAACCACCAAACUUGCCGAGGCAUCCAGCCAUUUCCAUCUCCGAGCCCAGAUUGCUCGUCGGCCACGUCGAGGGUGGUCUGCCGCAUGCCGAGUUCAUGUUUCUGACGAAGGCGCACAGCGUGCUGAUGAAUCACCUCCACAAGCCCUUGACCACCAAUGUGGCCACUGUAGAGAUGGAGCUGGCGAGACGUACCACGGCCAAGCGAGCCGCCGACUGCACUCAUCCGCUGAGCGAGUGUACGACGACGCACAUCGACAACCUGCCAGCAUCUCGUGUGCUGGUCUGGUCCCUGCUCCUCCAGGAAGCCUUCAGCGAAAAGAUGGUCACGCUCAACGAACUGGUCGAGACGCCCAACUUUGAGUACCUGGCCAGCUUCAGCGACAAGGUCGACCAGUUGCUUAAGAAGGCCGACAUACUCAACUACCUGGCGUUCCGCAUCGGCUUGGCGCUGUCCCCACUCAUCGGCAACGACGCGGUGCGACACCAUCUGGCCUCCAUUGCAUAUGGCCGAAAUCCUCGUUUUCCGGAACCUCUAUCAGUAGCUCAAUAUUGCCUCCGACUCUUGGACCGCUUCGAGCCAGAGCUCGUGACGCUUCUCGCGUACGACCGUUCCGUAGUCAAGCUGAGUUGGAAGGUGCUCCAAUUUCUCGUUAUGGAUCAUCUCAACUCUACGCUGUUCACGUUCCUGGGUGGAGACUUCCGCCGGCGCUUCUCGCCGGAGUUCGCGGAUCACGCCGCGCGACGGCUAGCCACCGUCAAGUGGGAACCGUUGAUGCCCCUGCGCUUCUUCAACAAGACGUUCAGGGACAAGUACUUCAACGGCUUCACGAAAGAGAACUCGAGCAAGUCUCUGUCUUCUUUCGUCCUAUUCUGGCUUCAACGAGCCGUGAAGCGCCGGCGCGGUCCCAUCGAGACAGGCGAUAGUGAAGACCUCAGGAGUGGAUGGGCGCACGGCUUUCUUCGCACGUGGCCCGCCUUCGGUCGCUCCUUCAGACACCUCGAGAUACCACUGCCGGUCUUCGACCCCGCCAUGUCGAACGAUCCGAAGUUGCACGCUUUUCACGUGGCGAGGGCCGGCACUCGCAUCUACCGGGUCCUGUUGGGAUACGUAUACUCGAUGGCGUACGCAUUCUUCUACAAUACCAGCACAUCUGAUCCUGCGUCCGUGUUCGAAGACCUUCGCAACUGCCUGCGGCAGAGCUACGCCGAGCUUACGGCGUCCUCUGUUGGCUACGGCGUGACUCCGUCUCUAGCUCACACGGAGAAGACGUCGGCAUCGGACAUGCUGGACUUCCUGGCGGCCAAAGUGGCCUUCACGGCUUUCGACAGUUGGACACGAAAGGAAGCCCUCAACUUCUACUUCGCCAAAGCUCCACAAUUUGAUCAGAGGCAGUUGUUCUUCAUAUACUACGCACUCGCCUUUUGCGAGAACGUAAAUCAGACAGCAACGCCAGCAGGAGACGACACGUCUAGCCCUGGUCGGGACCGCGUUAACGGUCCCCUGCGCCACAUGAAGGAAUUCGCAGACGCAUUUCACUGCGCCGAGGGCUCAUUCAUGAAUCCACCGAAGAAGUGCGGGGUAUAA